AUGGUUUCCAUGGAGGAUGCGGAACGUGAGCGGAAGCGGCUCCAACAGCAGGAGUUGCAGCGAGCGCUAGCGAUACAGGUUGAAGAGGCCAGGCAAAGGAAGGAAGAAGCCCGCAGGCGGCAAGAGGCGGAGGAUGCCAAAGAGGAGGAGAGGCUGCGUCGAGAGAUUGCAGAAGAAUCGCGGCCGGUGAAGAGGCACUGCGAAAGCGCUAAGGCGCCUUUUCCCCUCCAAGGCACCAAGUCAACGGUCGCACCAAAGGAGCUGGCGCUCCAAGCUCAGCAGGUAUGGUCAAACAGGACCAAAAGUGGUGGUGUAUCCUAA